CGCCUUGAUUCUUGAAAGUGGCAGCUGUUACUCUAUCUACCAACCUCUACUCCUAUUGCUCUGUUUCCUCUCCUUCUUUUCUAUUAACACACCUCUCUGCAUUUAUAUCUCUCCUUCAAUUCCUGAUGAGAAUGUUGUUCCUCCCCUCGCUUUAGGUUUCUUUGAAUUGAGACACCCAUCUCUCUUCUAUCUUUUUCUCAUGUCUGUUCAAGUUCACUUACUUUGAAGUCCUUGUCUUCAGUCCCUGGCAUAACCUUUUUGUAAUAAUCAUGGAUUUGCGCACAAAAGGACCAGAGUCAGAGGACAUGGAUAAUACUCAUCCAAGCAAGUGUAAUGAGAUCAAAAGAAGAUGCACAGAUUGCCAAACAACAAGAACCCCAUGUUGGCGAGGUGGCCCAGCUGGUCCCAGGACACUGUGCAAUGCGUGUGGGAUCAGACAGAGGAAGAAGAGGAGGGCUCUUCUUGGCUUGGACAAAGGAGGACCGGAGCGCAGCAGAGAGAAGAUGGCUAAGGGUAGCAAUAGUAGCAAGCUAGGAGUUUCAUUGACUCUUGAUUUGAUGGGGUUUAAAAGAGAUGGGAUGUUUCAGGAAGAUUGGAAGAGAAAACUGGGAGAGGAAGAACAGGCUGCCAUACUCUUGAUGGCUUUAUCUUGUGGGUCGGUCUGUGCUUGGUACAAGAAAGAUGAAGGAAAGCAUUUUUAUCCAUAGUAGCUUUCCAAUUGCUUGUAAGCUUUAACCCCAUCAAAAUUCAAUAUUUUCUGAUGGAGGUGGGGAAUUGCUGAGUGUAAAAUUGCAAAAUAUCAAGCACUUACAUGAAUACAAACAAUGAUUUCUCUUCA